AUGCCGUCCGUGAGCAAGAGAGCACGCGAGCGGGCCGAGCAGAUCGAGAAGGAGAUGCCUAUAAUGAAGUUGCUGCCCGAGAAGUUCUAUGAGCCAACGCAUAACCCUGAUGGAGUCAUUAUCAUGGGUGUGGCGGAGAAUGCACUGAUGACGCCGGUCUUCACGGAGUACAUCGAGAAGAACUUUCGUCUUGAUGCUGAUCAUUUCAGAUACCACGUUACGUUGCAGAAAGGAUUUACACUUACAACGGAAGAGGCCUUACCGCAGUACAUCAACGAUACCUUUCACCCUAUCAUUCCUGUUACUCAAGAUAAUUCAAUUGUUGGUCCAGGCGUAGGCUCUCUCAUCUCAGAGUUUGCUUGGCAGGUUUGUGACGAAGGAGAGGCCUUUCUUGUGACAGCGCCCUUCUAUGGCGGAUUCCAACCCGACUGCGAAUACCCGUCUCGCACGAAGCUUGUGGUAGUGGACAUACCACAAGGCAUAGACCCGCUUUCGAAGGAAAGUGUCUCGUACUUGGAACGAGCUAUAGAGAAGUGUAAGGUGGACGGACCAACGAUACGGGGUCUGAUUCUCUGCAAUCCACAUAACCCUCUUGGCCGGGUAUACCCGACAGAGAGCAUCGUCGCGUACGCGGAACUUGCAGAAAAGUACGACCUCCACCUUCUGGUAGACGAAAUAUACGGCAACCAGGUAUAUGCUAACUCGCUUGUCCCGCACCCACCUCCUUUCGUGUCGGCGCUCGCUCUGGACCUCUCCACUCUGGCAAAGUGCGACCAGUCGCGCAUACACGUCGUCGCGGGUCCAUCCAAGGAUUUCGGCGCAUCAGGCCUGCGCAUCGGCCUUUUCAUCUCGCAGCACAACCCUGAGCUUGUCAAACUCAUGGGGUCUUCAGUUGCUUCGAACGCCAUAUCCGGCCCCACGGAUGCGAUCUUCGCUGCUGCGAUAAACGAUAGAGAAUGGCGGAAUUGGUUCCUCGAAGAGAGCCGGCGGAGGAUAGCUGAGGCGUUCGAGAUGGUGGUGGCGUGGUGUCAGUUCCACAAGAUUACGCUACUGCCUUGUUAUGCUGGCCAGUUCGUUGUCAUAGACCUCGCAUCAGUCCUAGACCGCUUUGGCAAGAGUAAAACGUUAGAACAAAAGCAAGAUGCGUUGUCAGGUGCGAUGUUGAAGGCUGGUGUCUUGAUCAUCCCGACUGGCCAAGACCAAUACCCCACGCGAUAUCGACUUGUGUUUGUUCGUCCGAGGGAGGUCCUUCAGCUUGGACUAGACCGCCUCGAAACUGCAUUUGGGUUACCUCAUAUGAGCGAGGCGGGCACUAUGGGUGGUUCAGACGAGCAGGAGGCAAAGAGAUCUAGUUGUGUUAUCGCUUAA